AAAUUGAGUCUGAAGCCGCGCCGCCGAGCGGAGGGCGGCCGCCGCAGUCGGCGCGGAAUCGCGGAGCCGGGCGCAGCCGGGCGCCAGCGAGCACCGGGCCGUGGAGAAGCCACCGGCCCCCGCCUCCGGGCCGGCACGAGCGCGCCCGGCCGGCUGCCCGCUGCCCCCGCCUCGCCUGGCCGCCCCGCGCCUCCCUCCGCACCCCUUUAAUACUUGCCCGCCGCCGCCGAGUCAGCGGACAUGUCCUUCCCGCAGCUGGGCUACCCGCAGUACCUGAGCGCCGCGGGGCCCGGCGCCUACGGCGGCGAGCGCCCGGGGGUGCUGGCCGCCGCCGCCGCUGCCGCGGCCGCCGCCUCGUCGGGCCGGCCUGGGGCGACGGAGCUGGGCGCGGGCGCGGGCGCGGCCGCCGUCACCUCGGUGCUGGGCAUGUACGCGGCGGCCGGACCGUACGCGGGCGCGCCCAACUACAGCGCCUUCCUGCCCUACGCCGCCGACCUCAGCCUCUUCUCGCAGAUGGGCUCACAGUAUGAACUCAAGGACAACCCCGGGGUGCACCCUGCCACCUUUGCGGCCCACACGGCGCCGGCUUACUACCCCUACGGCCAGUUCCAGUACGGGGAUCCCGGGCGGCCCAAGAACGCCACGCGCGAGAGCACGAGCACGCUCAAGGCCUGGCUCAACGAGCACCGCAAGAACCCGUACCCCACCAAGGGCGAGAAGAUCAUGCUGGCCAUCAUCACCAAGAUGACCCUCACGCAGGUCUCCACCUGGUUCGCCAACGCGCGCCGGCGCCUCAAGAAGGAGAACAAGGUGACGUGGGGCGCACGCAGCAAGGACCAGGAGGACGGCGCCCUCUUCGGAAGCGACACGGAAGGCGACCCCGAAAAGGCCGACGACGACGAGGAGAUCGAUCUGGAGAGCAUCGACAUCGACAAGAUCGACGAGCACGACGGCGACCAGAGCAACGACGAGGAAGACAAGGCCGAGGCGCCGCGCGCGCCCGCAGCCCCUGCAGCCCUUGCCCGGGACCAGGGCUCGCUGCUGGAGGCGGCCGACGCGCUCAAGCCGCAAGGCUCGCCCCUGGGCCUGGCCAAGGAGGCCCCGGAGCCCGGCAGCACUGGCCUGCUAAGUCCCGGGGCCGCGGCGGGAGGCCUGCAGAGCGCGCCGCACAGCAAGCCCAAGAUCUGGUCGCUGGCCGAGACGGCCACGAGCCCCGACGGCGCGCCCAAGGCCUCGCCGCCGCCCGCGGGACCCCCGGGUGUGCACGGGUCUCCCGCGGGCGCGCCGCUGCAACACCCCGCGUUCCUGCCCAGCCACGGACUGUACACCUGCCACAUCGGAAAGUUCUCCAACUGGACCAACGGCGCUUUCCUUGCGCAGGGCUCCCUGCUCAACAUGCGCUCUUUCUUGGGUGUGGGCGCGUCCCACGCUGCGCAGCACGGCCCGCACCUGCCCGCGCCUCUGCCACCGCAGCCGCCCGUCGCCGUGGCCGCGGGCGUACUCCACGGCGACAAGGCCUCCGCCCGCAGCAGCCCCACGCUCCCAGAGAGAGACCUCGUCCCCAGGCCAGACUCUCCAGCACAGCAGCUAAAGUCGCCCUUCCAGCCAGUGCGCGACAACCUCCUGAAAGAGGACAUUGAAAUAGUGCUUCUGCAACCUGAGAGAAGAUUCAGAUUAAGUGUAAUAAUAAAAUCCUGUGCUGGCGAUGUCUGCCUUGGACCGUCUCGACGCUUCCCUGGCAGAGGUGAAUUAUCAUCGGGGGUUAGUAGUCUUACCUGCCCCUCUAUCAAAUGUAUCCUGACCAGUUUGCCAAAAACAAUUAUACUGCUUGUGAUUUGAUCCAUGCCCUCCCUGGCUUUGCCCACGUGGACCACUUUGCUGAGCCAGGUGGCUGCUGGCUGAUUGUUCUGGAGGCCUGCCUUCUUUAACAUGAUUACAGCAUGCACUUUAGUACAAGUUGGACAAUUCUCUUUAAUAAGCUUCAUAAUUAGUGUUGGGAUGCCUCAUUACAAGUCAUAGCCUGUAGCAGUCCGAGGUCAAACAGCCCUCUGCAAUCUGAUUUAUUUUUUAUCAGGCAGCAGGAGCUGUCUGGAGUUUUUGUUUGUAUAAUGGGGACCCGCAUUGGGCCCCCAGUGUAAAAAUACCACCAGGAAAUUAAUUGCUUCUGUGUGGAUUCACUGCAGAAGUAUCCUGUGGAUCAGAAUGGUAUAUUUUUGACUUUGUUAUCCUGCGGUGAGUUGUAAAAAAAAAAAAAGAAAGCCAGCAAUGCAAACAUAUCAGUAUCCGUACAGCCUCAGAACAGUGUAAUUGAAACCAUGGGGCUACAGACGAGGAUGCGCAGAGAAAGUUCCAGUUUCUGCUAAGACUUCCUUUCCUCUUUCAUACAGUUCUUAUUUAAUUGUUUAUAUACGUAUGUAUUUAUUUAUUACUUCUAAGUGGAACCACCUUGUGCCAGACACGUGGCUGGAAUUUCAGUUGGUUUCUGGCUGAAAGAUCUGGUGCUUACAAUAACAUACACCCUCAAGGGAGGCUAAUACUCCCACCCUCAAACCCGACAUCAGGGCUGCUGGGUGAGCUCAGCGGUUAGGUGUUCUCCCAACCAAUGCAAGGCCACUAAGAGAAGGCUCCACCCAAGGGGGUCUCCAGUGGCCCUGGGUGAGUAGGCCCUGCAUGCACUCCGUGACUGCCUGUGUGUGUUACAUGUGAGACCAAGCUGUGGGCAUGCAUAUUUGUUAUAUGCUGUCUGCAUUGCUCCCUGGGCUUAGACAUAAAUAAAUGCAGAAGGCACCCUUCCUUCUCUUUCAUCA